AUGAAGUCUUCUUGCGGUACAAGAUUCGCGUUCUUGGUUCUCUUUCUCUUUGCAGCACAAUUUAUGUGCGUCUAUGCCGGUAGCUUCCACAAAGACGUUCAGAUACAUUGGGGUGAUGGCCGCGGAAAGGUUCGCGACAGAGAUGGAAGACUUCUUUCUCUUUCCCUCGACAAAUCCUCCGGAUCCGGUUUUCAAUCCAACCAGGAGUUUCUCUAUGGCAGAGCCGAGGUUCAAAUGAAGCUUGUCCCUGGUAACUCUGCUGGAACAGUCACAACAUUCUAUCUUAAAUCGCCGGGAACUACGUGGGAUGAGAUAGAUUUCGAGUUCUUGGGAAACAUAAGUGGUCAUCCGUAUACUCUCCACACUAAUGUUUACACAAAAGGCUCAGGAGACAAAGAACAACAGUUUCAUCUAUGGUUCGACCCAACCGCUGGCUUUCACAGUUACUGCAUCACAUGGAAUCCCCAAAGGAUUAUGUAA